CUUGCUUCCUCCAAAAGCAAAAAAAAGCCAAAAACUCUCUCCUCUCCUUACAUUUUACCUUAUUUCCAAUAAACCUUCUUUGCCACCCACCCAAACUCAAAAAUGGCUCCCUUCCAAGGCACCGUCUCGGUUACGCACAUCACCACCGCAACCUCCAUCAUCAACAUCGACGGCGUCCGCUUCCUGACGGACCCCGUCUUCUGCCCCGCAGGCUCUGAGUAUGUGUACGACGGCUGGGCCAAAGCCGACUGGAAGCAGUGGGGAUGGGAUACCCGCCCCCCGACCUCGAUUCUGCGCAGCACAGGAGGCCCUGCGCUGGAGCUGAAGGACAUCCCGAUCAUCGACGCGGUGCUGCUGAGCCACGAGGACCACGACGACAACCUGGACCCCCUGGGCCGCCAGCUGCUGGACGGCCGCCGCGUCUACACCACGGAGGACGGAGCCAAGAACCUGGCGCCGCGCCCCGGCGUCGUCGGCCUGGCACCCUGGAAGACGGUCGAGCACAACAUCGCGGGCAAGCGCUUCCGCAUCACCGGCACCCCCUGCAAGCACUUCCCCGGCGGCGAGGUGACGGGAUUCAUCAUUGAGUGCGACUCGUUCGGCGUCAGCGACGAGGGCCUGCCUAACGCGGUGUACUUCUCCGGUGACACCGUCUGGAUUGACGAGCUGGCUGAGAUCCGCAAGAAGUGGCACGUCGCUGUCGCCGUGCUGAACCUCGGCAAUGCCCUCUUCCCUACCCCCAAGGGUAUGCUGCAGAUCACCUUCGACGGCCACCAGGCUGCUCACCUCAUGCGCGUGUUCGGCGCCGAUGUCAUGGUGCCUAUCCAUUUCGAGUCGUGGGAGCACUUCACGCAGCACCAGGCGGACCUGAAGAAGAUCUUCGAGGAGGAGAAGAUCGAGGAGAAGGUGUCUUGGUUGACGCCCGGUGUGGAGAAGACGGUUAUCUAAAGGGGUUGCAUGGAUUGACGGG